UCUCAUUGGGGCGGAGUUACACACAAAAAAGCAGGAAGCAGAAUGUGAUUUGUCCAUCACGCGCACAGGGCAUUUUCAGCUCAUCUGCGCACGUCUGCCCAGACGCUUGAAACCGCCCCAUGGUCACGUGAUGAAUUUACCUGUUUCUGGCGCCUGUAUCGACCUGUCUUCUAUUAAACUAUGAGGGACAGACUAAGCCACCUUUAUGCUUUUUCGGCAUCCAGCAGUCAUAUGGAAGAACCUCCUCAGAAACUAAACACCGACCCUGAGAUGGAAGCCAUAUUUGUUGAGGCUAGUAACAUUCGCCAUGACAUUCAACUCAUCCUUUUAGAUGUGAAGCAUCUUGAAGAGCAAAACUCUCGUAUUUUGAAUGAGCUACCAAAUUGUAGCACUGCAAAGCAAGACUCUAAUGCCAUUGCUGCUAGCAUCAAAUCCCGUGCUAAAGACGUACUUUCACGUCUUCGCAACAUGGAUAUGCAUUCUAACGAGCUGGAGAAAAAGCAUGGGCUCCACAGUGCAAUUUAUCGAAUCGCACGAACACAGUUUGCUGGUUUGAACAGCAGCUUCCAUGAUGUGAUGAUGGAAUACAACAAGGCAGAAAUGAGCUACAGGGAAACAUGCAAACUACACAUUCAGAGGCAGAUGGAGAUUGUAGGACGAGAGGUAACAGGUGAGCAGGUUGAAGAAAUGCUAAGUAAUGACCAGUGGAACAUCUUUAGUGAAAACGUGGUUACAGAGGGGAAAACAGUACAGUCAGCUCUCUACCAAAUCGAAAGUCGACAUGCUGAGCUGCUGGAACUGGAAAGCCGCAUAAGCAGCAUCCAUGAAGUGUUUCUAGACAUAGCAAUGCUGGUAGAAGAACAGAACAGCAUGAUUAACUACAUACAGACAAAUGUCCAAAAAACUGAUGCAGAUAUUAAGGGGAUGCUGGAAAGACUUGGAAAAGCAAAGAAAUAUAAUAAUAAUAACCCCUUCAAGAAAAUCUUUUUUAGGAAGCGUUAAUCAACAUGUUAUAGCAUUGUUUAUUGUUUUUAAUUAGCUUGCUGUCUUUUAUAUAUUUAUUUAUAUAUAUAUAUAUAUAUAUAUAUAUAUAUAUAUAUAUAUAUAUAUAUAUAUAUAUAUAUAUAUAUAUAUAUAUAUAUAUUAGUAUGUAUAUGUGUAUGAAUAAAAUGCCGAGCUGUAUAAGAAACCUUCUGGACAAAAAGGUUUUCUGAAAUAAUUGAAGUAUGCAUGUGUGACUUUUGCAGGUAAUAAAUAAAUUGUAAAUUAAUGAAUGAUGAA